CUCCUCUGGGUGUCUAAUACAGUGGAAAAUCAAAGUGCGAGCCUCCCCACUUCCCACACCUCCCGUGUCUCGCAUGGAGCGCAGCGGAAAGAGAGAGAGACGCAGUUUUCACACAGAAUCCACUCAAAGUUAGCAAAUAUGUGGUAAAGUUACACGCGUUUUAAGCUGUGACUUUCGUGCGUAUUUCUACCAUGUCUGGCUGACGUGACUUUUACGCACGAUAACAGAAAUGGAUCAGAGGCUCUCCAGAGGAAGCUGGGUGCCAGUGACAGGGCUCGUCGUUUCCCUGCUUCUGUGUGCCUGCGUGGUGGACUUGGUGCUUGCGCAAAUCCGCUACUCCAUCCCAGAGGAGCUGGAGCACGGAGCCUUCGUGGGCAACAUCGCGGAGGACCUGGGCUUGGAUGUGGCUAAACUGUCCGCGCGUCGCUUCCGAAUCGUAUCCGGAGCCAAGAAGCAGUAUUUAGAAGUGAAUUUAGAGAACGGGAUUUUGUUUGUGAAUGAGAAAAUAGACAGAGAGGAGCUUUGUGAGCGCAGCCCCAGCUGUUUCUUACACCUGCAAGUCGUCAUUGAAAACCCUUUGGAGCUCUACAGAGUGGAAGUGGAGAUCUUAGACGUGAACGACAACUCCCCGAGCUUCCCGUGGAGCGAAUUUAACAUCGAUAUCACGGAAUCGGCUGCGCCGGGCUCCUGUUUCCCGUUGGAGAGCGCGCAGGACUUGGAUGUGGGCACGAACUCUCUGCGCUCCUACCAGCUGAGCGCAAACGAGCACUUUAUUCUGAACAUCCAGACGCGCAACGACGGGAGCAAGUUUGCGGAACUGGUGCUGGACACCCCUUUGGAUCGGGAGCGUCAAAAAAAACACGAAAUGGUUUUAACCGCUUUCGACGGCGGAUCACCCGAACGCUCCGGAACCGCAUUGAUCACUGUCACGGUGCUAGACGCGAACGACAAUGUCCCCGUGUUCGAUCGCUCCGUGUACCGGGCCAGCUUAGUGGAAAACGCACCCAGGGGGACCCUGGUGCUGAAGCUGAACGCCACAGACUUGGACGAGGGCUCAAACGGGGAGGUGACGUACGCUUUUAGCGGACACGCGCCUCUCAAAGUGCGGGAGCUCUUCAGCGUGGAUCCGUACACCGGCGAGAUCCGCGUUAAAGGCGUCGUGGACUACGAGAAAGCCAGCGUGUAUGAACUGUACGUGCAGGCGAGGGACAGGGGACCCUCUGCGGUGGCAGUGCACAGCAAAGUGCUAGUGGACAUCGUGGACGUGAAUGACAACACGCCGGAAGUCAUUCUCACGUCCGUGUCCACCCCUGUAUUGGAGGACGCGCCGCCCGGCACAGUUAUAGCUGUCAUCAGCGUCAUGGAUCAGGACUCUGGUGAGAACGGGAACGUGGACUGUCAAAUCCCGAACAACGUCCCCUUCCAGCUCCACUCCUCUUUUAAAAACUACUACACUUUGGUCACGAGCGAGGUUCUGGACAGGGAGACGGUUUCGGAGUACAACAUCACUCUCACGGCUCGGGAUCUGGGCUCGCCGUCGCUGUCCACGAGAAAAACCAUCGUGGUUCAAGUGUCAGACAUGAACGACAACCCCCCACGGUUCUCGCAGCCUUCCUACACCGUCUACGUGACUGAGAAUAACGCCCCCGGCGCUUCUAUUUGCACCGUGACUGCCUUUGACCCCGAUUCCAACCAGAACUCCUAUCUGUCUUAUUCCAUUCUCGAGGGUCAAAUCCAGGGAAUGCCGGUGUCCACGUACGUGUCGAUUAACUCGGACAACGGUAAUAUUUACGCUUUGCGUUCCUUCGAUUAUGAGCAACUUCGAAACUUCCACAUUUUAGUCCAAGCUCAGGACGCAGGUUUCCCGCCACUGGCCAGCAACGUGACUGUGAAUGUUUUCGUUUUGGACCAGAACGACAACGCGCCGGUUAUUGUGUCGCCGUUACCGAAAAACGGCACCGUAGCCACGGAGGUCGUCCCCCGUUCCGUGGAUGCGGGUUAUCUUGUCAUUAAGGUCACGGCGUUGGAUGCGGACGCGGGGCAAAACUCGCGGUUGUCGUAUCAAGUGAUGCAGGCCACGGACCCGGGACUGUUCAGCGUGGCGUUGUACACGGGUGAAAUCCGGACCAUUCGAAGGCUCGUGGACAAAGACGCAUACAGACAUAGACUGGUUAUACUGGUCAAGGACAACGGGCAGCCCCCACUCUCCGCUACAGUCUCUGUAGUCCUUACUGUUGUGGACAGCGUCCCGGAGUCCUUAUCCGACUACGGGGACCUCACACUGAGCCCACAGCCCCCUUCGAACCUGGCCCUGUACCUAAUCGUGUCACUCAGUACUAUAUCUUUCAUAUUCCUGGUGGCUAUUAUAGUCCUAGCCGGGGUCAAGUGCUACAAAGACCGGGAGACUCUAAGCGGGUACAAUCUGCCCCCCUUUGCUUGCUGCUGCUGCGGGGGCUUCCAACCGGAUCCCCCCGCUGAGGUGUUCAAAAAAUCCAACCUCAACUUGCAGAUCUCCUCCUCCGCUAACAAAGUCCCCACUAACUGCAUGGAAGUGAACGGGAGCAGCAGCAUGGCCGCCCCUUAUUGUUACAAAGUGUGCUUGACACCCGAAUCGGCGAAAAGUGACUUCAUGUUUCUGAAGCCGUGCAGCCCGAGCGGAACGCCGCGCAACAACGAAGCCAAAAACGCCGAGCACUCUUGGGGGGCGUCUGUGAACAACGGAGCGACCACCCCGAAUGAGCUGAAGCAGCCAAACACAGACUGGACGCUGACAAAGAAUCACAAUUCCUCCAUUAAAAGUUACAACUCCAUCAACAUGGAUGGGACGCUAAUGCGCAAGGCUAUGCAUGCAGACCCCGAAAACUAUGUCACAUCUAUGGCACCUGGGCAGUACUGGACCUGGGGUACUCAUAUGAGAGGUCCGAAAGGAGAAUAUAAGAUGUCCCCACAAAGCAGUGGUGUCCCUUCCCGGCCCUGGACUCCUCGGUGCACACCUCCGCCCCAGCAACAGCAACCAUCGAACCCCGCCCACCCUCACCCGCACCCGCCGCCCGACUACCACCACAACGUCUACAUUCCCGGGACGCCGUCUGGCUUUUGCACUCUGAGACCCGCAGUUCAGCGCAGCGACUUGGACGUCCACAAUUCCUUCUCCACCUUCGGGAAGAAGCGACGCCUACAGAUGUCCCCCCAGGGGGAGGCUGCCAUGAUCAAUAACGAUCUGUACAAUGACUGACGCCUCUUUGACUCUCUGAGCGGAUGAUUUGAGUGAUGGAUCACCUCCAUAAAUUCAUAAACAUUCGGCUUAAACGUGAUUAAUAUGUGAGCGACUGAAGAUGGGAUAUUUAAAUGACAACAUUUUUUUUAUUACUAUCAUAAUUAUUACUGUUAAUUUAUAGACAAUCAAAUCCAAUCGUAUUCGAAGCUUCAGUAGAUGAUUGUUUUGCACAUAUGGAUCUACAUAGAAAGUGUGUUUUUGUAUCUCCUUCAUGAUGUACUGUAUAUGCAGGCCACACAACAUCAGGCAAAAAAAAAAAGAGAUGCGGGGGUCACCCCUCAGUUAUGUACUGUAAAUACAUUCAUGGAAAUAAAGUAUUUUUUACACAUGUUUCAGCAUUUGUUCGAAUGAAAAAUAUUCUGCUUGCCGUAAUUAAUGAAA